GGCAGCUCCUUGAUCGGCGCGAUCGUUAUCGCGAGCAAGUGGAUGAAUCUCGGCUGCCAGGUCCUCGUUGCAAUCGAGCCGAGAAGGAGAGGAGAGGCAUCGCAGGGGAGGAGGAGGCGCAGUAGAUCUCGUAGGCGCCGUCGAGUCCUGCCGUCAGAGCCGCUUUAUCCUCCGAUCGACUUGGAGGACUGCUCGUGAGGACCAGGAACUCGCUGUUACAUCAGGCCGGCGCUUUCGCUCGCGAGAUGAUGUGGCGGCUGUCGAUAGUGAUCGCGAUGAUCGUGACGGCGCGGGCCGGACCGUACGACAGGAUGGCGGUCUCGAUGAACGAUCGGACGCUGUUCAUCAGGAGCCUGCCGGGCUAUCCUGGGACCAGGAGCGAUCUCUACGAGGUCUACAUGGAGCCGUAUUACUUCGCGGUCGGCUUGAAGGCCGUGGUGGAACUGAAAGCUCUCGGUGAUGACGGCUCACCGGUGGAUGGACCCCGAGGGAUCCUAACCCUGGAGCAACAUCCCGAGGGGGUCAGGGUCACAGGUACGAUCUCGGGCUUGAGCCCGGGCUUGCACGGCUUCCACGUGCACGAGAAGGGGGAUUUGACGAAAGGCUGCAAUUCGGCCGGGCCGCAUUUCAACCCGUACAUGGUGAAUCACGGAGCGCCCAGCGAUCCGUUGCGUCACGUCGGGGAUCUCGGCAACAUCGAGGUCGGGCAGGACGGCACGGUGCGUAUAGACGGCUUCGAUCACUAUCUGAGUCUGGUGGGUGUCCGAGGUGCGAUCGGCCGGGCCCUGGUGGUCCACGAGAAACCUGACGACCUCGGCCGCGGCGGGACCGAGGAGAGCACGAAGACCGGAUCGGCCGGCGCCCGCCUCGCCUGCGGUGUCAUCGGGUUCUUGUAAUGGGAUUUGCAUACUGCGAAUUCGGCUGCCGCACGCUGAAAGCCGAAAGCUGCGAAUCCGCGUAAAAGCGCGUAUUUGCGCUGCGCAAAUGGCGCUCGACGGUAAGCGCGUUUAACGGACGGCAGGAGGCUCCUUGGUAAAAAUGGGGACGAUCCUCUUGCUCGGGAAGUUCGGUCGACCUUCUCUCACUCUUUCCGCGGUUCCCGGAACAUUUGAGUGAAUCUAUUUUAUCCGUGGUUUUCUUUAGUUUCUUCCCGCGAAGAAAUCGUUUCUUCAUUCUUUCGACGGAUUUUUUCGGCUUCUUUUCGCGGAAGAAUUGACAAAGAAGAAACACAUUUUAUUCAAGACUAUAGGUGAAUUAUGUUGCGAAUUUCGAAUGCCGCUUCAGUCGGAAAGUCCUAUAGUUUUAAAGUUGAAUGAAUGUGUACAUUAAAACUGGAGAAAAUCUAAACGGAGACGUUUCUCCCCACUGAGAAAUCUGAUCAACCACCGCGUUUGUUUAGUUUCAAACACGUUCGAGUUAAUUACUUCGAAAAUUGGAUACCUGAGGUUGGAGAAUUUAUUGGAACAGAGAAAGAGAGAGAGAGAGGAAGAGAGAGAGAUCACUUGAGGCUAUUUCAAGAGCAAGAUUUCGUUAUCGACUCGCAUUCCUAAAGUGCGUGCGGUUCGCUGAAGUUCUCUCCCUCUCUUCUUGAUUCGCGAACGUGCAGCAGAAGAGAACUGUUUAAUAUUAGGUAAUGUUCAGAUGAAUUCGCGCACACCGUCGGCUUUUAGAGUGCAGCGGUGCGCAUUAGCGCGCAUUCGCAACCGAAUUCGCUAAUAGAGAGAUGUUGUACGCUGUAAUUCCGUCCACUACUAAUUUAAUUGCGUCCAUUUGUACCGAUCAAUA